AUGGGAGGGGUCCCACAUGGUGACCAAGCCACCAGAGGCUCCAGUAGCAUCAUAAAACAUCGCAAAUCAUUUCUAGAGUUUCAUUUAAGUUCCAUACGUUCACUUGUAGUGAUAGAUAAUGUUGACCAUUCGAGGCAAUUCGAUAGUUUUAUGUUAGAUUGCUGUGGACCUGGUAGCAGAGUAAUUGUAACCACUCAUGACCGCGAUAUCCUAAACUUGAGGAUGCCCCCUAAAAACAUUUAUGAAUUGCAAGGUCUUCGAGAGGAUGAAGCUUUAGAGUUAUUUUGUUGGCAUGCGUUUAAGCAAGCAAAUCCAUAUGACUCUUUCCAAAACCUAACCACUAAGAUUAUCAAGGCUUCUGGUGGGAUUCCGCUUACAUUAGAAGUUCUCGGUGGAUUUUUAUCUGGCAGAGAGACCGGUGACAAAUGCUGGAUAGAAGCACUUAGAAUGCUUGAGAAUCUCACUGAUCCAGAUAUAUUUGAACCCUUGAAGAUCAGUUAUGACUCUCUUCAUCCAUCGGAGAAAGAGAUAUUCCUAGACAUUGUCUGCUUGUUCAUUGGCCAAGACAUAGAAGAGCCAUCUAUCUUCUGGGAAGAAUUGGGAUUAGAUGUAGGCAUAGCCCUCCGCAAUCUUCAGCACAAAUUACUCAUAAAGAUUGAUAUUGACAAUAAGUUCAGAAUGCAUGAUCUUUUACGAGAUUUAGGAAGACGUAUAGUGGUAGAUGAAUCUUUAGGAAACCUCGGCAAGCGAAGCAGACUGUGGAAGCAGCAGGAUGUGGAAAAAGUAAUUAAUGAGAAACGGGGUACCGAGAAUAUCAAGUAUCUCCUACACGCACUAGAAGGAGAUGGAACCAGAUUGAAAAAGAAUAGUUUAGCUUCAAUGAAUUGUCUGCGGUACCUUUGUUUCAGGGAUACCGUACUAAAGGAAAGUGAUAGAAGCAAAUUAUCACCGGAUUUGAAAUGGUUAGAGUGGAAGCGGUAUUCACUGGAAGUCUUGCCGCAGCAAUGGAACCUUCACGAGCUAGCUAUUCUUGAUCUGAGUUCCAGAAGCAUUUCCCAUGGUAGCGACUUACGAUUCUCCGUCAAGCAGUUGUGGAAUGAACAAUCACAUCGGAAAGUAAGUAGCCACAUGAUUUCCUCUGAACUGCAUAAGAGCUUGAAUGAAUUUAUGACUUAA